AUUUGUUGUAUUAUAAGCAAGUUCGAUGUGUGCGUCUGUAAUAUAUUACAGUUUUCGGUUUAAGGACGAAUGUACAUUAUAUAUUUUCUUCGUCUUGCGUUAACAAGAAAAACUUCAUGCUGGUAAAAUGUUUUAUAUCGUGUCAAUGGAUCUCUUAUUUUUACUGACCAUAAUUGCACUCGCCUCAUACUCACACCAGUUUUUGCCGGAUGAAAAUGAUAAUCAGGAACUUAUCAACCAACUAAAUAAACUUCUAAGAAAUGUUGGAUGGAGUAGGAUCAAUCACCUGGAAGUCAAUGAUCACGAUAUAACACAAGUACAGUCUUUUUUUUCAGGAAUAGAUCUAUUUAUAGCCCCUGAAUUUACCGAUCAAUGUAAUGUCACUAAAGAAAAUGUGGAAAAAAAAUAUUGCAUGGCCAUUAUGCUGUUGGGUUGCGUGUAUGCAAAUGCUUUGCAUAAGUUCAUACGUUUGAUAACACCUCUUAUGAACAAAUGUGAUGUUGAGAUACGUCGUUCGAAUGGAAGAGAAGGUUAUCAAAGAUUUCUUCACAACCAAACGGAUAAUUCAGGUGAGCCCUUUAAAGUACCUCCUGGUAACUAUGUCAAAUCAUGUAAGCUCUUCAACACCGUUUUGGAACAAUUUGAAAAUAGUAGACAAAUGUUUGAUUACAUGUCACAUGCAUUGAUUUAUUUAGUAGAACCGUUGAAAAAAAUUAAAAAACAUAGUAUAAUACGAAAUAUUAUAGAAAUACUUACGGAUAGCGUACUUAAGAUUCGAGAUAUAAAUACUACACUAUAUCCUAAGAAAUAUGAAUACCGCGAAGGCGCCGAUGAUAAUAUUAAGAAAUUACAUAAAAGUCUAAAAAUGUAUUUAAAUGGUCAAGUAAAAGGUGAUUUGUGUUUUAUAAUGAAGAAUCAUUGCAUACUGCCAAAAGAAUCGCAUAAUAUUGAUCUUAAUCAAAUUCCUUCGAUUGAUGCUAUAUCAGUAGAUGAUGAAACAACUAGCCAGCCAAUUGAAGAUGUGGUCAUAUCUCAGAUCAAAGAUCAUGUGGAAGAGGUGAUAAAUAAAUACUUUUUGGAUUUAGGAUUUCAACGGAAGACACAUUUAGGAGGGAUAAAUUUUGAAAAUGUAACGAUAUUAUAUACAUUAGAUUUAAGGAUUAAGAUUAAUUUUCUGAAAAUGUUGACCGGUCGAUUAUCAGUUUUGUGUCGUCAAUUUUUUAGUCAUAACAAGCGUUUAAAAUCUAGAACUGAAGGUGAAAUCGUUGGAGUGCUGUGUUGA